GUUUUUUGUCGUUUUGCUUGAUGUUGAGAAUAAAAUUUAUUGAUUUUGGAAAUUUUGAGGUUACUUACUUGCUUGCUUUCACGGUUGGUGUGGUGCUUAAAAGGAUAGGAUAGGAUAUAUCGAGUGAGUGAGUGGUUUUAAAUGUAAGGAGGGAAGGAAGGAAGGAAAGAGAGAAAGAAGGUGAUUAUACGAUUGCUUUGGUUUGGGUUAUUUACUUAUGAUUUUGAUUUUGGAUCUUGCUUUGGAGAAUACACAAGAAGAUUAGAGAUUAUAUCAUCGUGAGGAUUUACGGGUUGAAGGAGAGGAUAGCAAAGGAAAGGAAAGGAAAAGAAAGGAAAACAGGAAAAGGAUUCAUUCACCUGUCUUAUUAACAAGAGCAUUUUGUGAAUACCUUCGAAAACGUCAUACGAGGAUUUGGUACCAGAAGAAUUUCUAUCCAUCCAUCUAUACAUCUCUUCGAAUUCACAAUCGACACGACGACUGCGUAUUUACCAACUUCUACACGAACUCAACUCACUUAUACACUCCUCACUCCAAAUACAAUAUACAAUAUACAAUAUAGAACAUACCAACGCACGAAGAGAUAAGCAAAGAACCAAAAAUGUCAAUCCUCGAACGUAUCAAUCCGCUUGGAUACGGCGUAGGACGUACAACACAUGCCCUCUGGCGAUUUCUCCAAUUCGUAUUGGCACUCACAGUCAUCGGAUUAUACGGAACGGAUCUCGCAAAUGCGAAUAAGCAACACAAAUAUUCAGAUGGAAAAUGGGUCUACGCCGUCAUAACCGGCACCCUCUCCGCGCUCACCUCACUCCUCCAUCUCGUCCCGCUCUUCAAUCUCAUCCCCGUCCUGUUUCUCUGGGAUGCUGUCAUCUUCAUUCUCUGGAUUGCCCUCUUUGGUCUCUUUGGAAAUAUGUAUAUAGGUGAGAAAGCGGAAGGCGAUGCAGGCGUACAGAGGAUGAAAAACGCAGUGUGGGUCGAUUUGGUAAAUGCGCUGUUGUGGGCGGGGAGCGUGGCGGGGAUGGUGCUUUUUUGGAGUCGGGAGAAGAGGACGAGGUGGACGGGGAGAGCGAGGGGGAGGAGUGGAAGUCCGGGGGUUUGAGGGGAGAGGAUGCGGAGAUGCGGUGGGAUGGGAAUGCUAUCUUAAGGUUCGGGAUCGGUUAGGGGCGAAAGAGUGAAUAUUUCUUUUGGUUUACUAUGGGUUGGGUGUCAUGGAUGGAUACCCCGAAAUUCAUAAAGUACACGAAUCGUCUCGGAGACCUACCUACCUACAUAGAAUCCAACAACUGGAGAUCGAGGUUAAAGACAUCGGCGAAGGGAAUGUUGGAGAGAAGGAAUUUCUUUCGGUUUGAAUUGCGAAAUAUACCAUUUUGAUAAGGAAAGGAAAGGAAAGGAAAGGACCUCAACGUUAGAUGGAUACCAGAAUAGUUUUGGUUUUAGUUUUAGUUUGGUUUAGUUUGCUUGUUUCGAUACCCACCCUUUGUAUGAAUGAAGUAUAAGAAAGAAAUGAGUUUAUUUAUUAUGUUUAUAUUUAUCA